UGAUGCCGGAGCUGGCCGUGCAGAAGGUGGUGGUCCACCCCCUGGUGCUGCUCAGUGUGGUGGAUCACUUCAACCGAAUAGGCAAAGUUGGAAACCAGAAGCGUGUUGUUGGUGUACUCUUAGGGUCAUGGCAAAAGAAAGUACUUGAUGUAUCCAACAGUUUUGCAGUCCCUUUUGAUGAAGAUGACAAAGAUGAUUCUGUCUGGUUUUUAGACCAUGACUAUUUGGAAAAUAUGUAUGGAAUGUUUAAGAAGGUCAAUGCCAGAGAAAGAAUAGUUGGGUGGUACCACACAGGCCCUAAACUACACAAAAAUGACAUCGCCAUCAAUGAACUCAUGAAAAGAUACUGCCCUAACUCAGUAUUGGUCAUUAUUGAUGUGAAGCCAAAGGACCUCGGGCUGCCCACAGAAGCUUAUAUUUCAGUGGAAGAAGUUCAUGAUGAUGGAACUCCAACCUCAAAAACAUUUGAGCAUGUAACCAGUGAAAUUGGAGCAGAGGAAGCUGAAGAAGUUGGAGUUGAACACUUGUUACGAGACAUCAAAGACACUACAGUGGGUACUCUUUCCCAGCGUAUCACAAACCAGGUCCAUGGUUUGAAGGGACUGAACUCCAAGCUUCUGGAUAUCAGGAGCUACCUGGAGAAAGUGGCCACGGGCAAACUGCCCAUCAACCACCAGAUCAUCUACCAGCUGCAGGACGUCUUCAACCUGCUGCCAGAUGUCAGCCUGCAGGAAUUUGUCAAGGCGUUUUACCUGAAGACCAAUGACCAGAUGGUGGUGGUGUACUUGGCCUCACUGAUCCGUUCUGUGGUCGCCCUGCACAACCUAAUCAACAAUAAGAUUGCCAACAGGGAUGCAGAGAAGAAAGAAGGGCAGGAAAAAGAAGAGAGCAAAAAGGAUAGAAAAGAUGACAAAGAGAAAGAUAAAGAUAAGGAAAAGAGUGAUGUAAAGAAAGAAGAGAAAAAGGAGAAAAAAUGA